CAACUGCAAUAACGCACACGCGCGCGCGGGCCACAUCUGUCGACAGCUGCUGGGGACUCUCUCACCCGUUUUAUUUCGCACGCAGGGACUGUCAUCGAAAAAGCGCGCAGAAGUGGAAAGGGGAGAAAUCAUCGUCAUGUGUGUUUGAGCACGGCGGCUCAUCCGCGCGCUGCCGCAGCGCGGUGCCGAGCAUGCGGCGCGUGUCCGUGGAGAUGCCAACGCCGUUCCGCGCGCGAGCACACCGCCGAGGAGCACCGCUGCGCCGCCCGCACACGGACUGAUCAAAUGAUCAAAUGUCUUUUUCACGUCCGCCAGUUCCACGCGUACUUCGGAUGCACAAAUCAUGGCCUCGAGUGUGAGGAGCGUGUGCGCGGUCGGGCGCCCGGCACCGCCGGGAUGGAGGAGCGCGAUGAGAGCCACGGGAUGCUGGAGGCGCGACGCCUCUCGCGGAGCGCUCAGGGCUCUCGUGUCCGCGGCGGUGGCUCUGCUCGUGAUGCGCUCCGCCGCCGCUGCCGCCGCUACAGACGAUGAAUGGAAUUAUGAACCAUCGGGUUACUCUGCUUCCCCGCAGGAAUCGGUUGUUUCGACUGGUCGCUCACAAACCUUUCCCCAGAUAUUCCUAUCCAAGAAUGCGACUCUCCCAGCCAUCCACACAGAUCCACCAAGAGCAGCAGAGAGCACAAGAGCUGAGCCAGCAUAUUCCUCCAUAUUGACUGUGCUGACUAGGUCAGCCAAAAGGCCACAGACACUAGUUCAGUCUGUAGCCUCUCCAAUCAUCUCCAGUAGUGACAACCAAACGAACAGAUGGCAGUUGGACAAUCCCACCCAAGGUGCAGAACUUUCAUCAUUAGCCCCUGCAGCAACCCGCGACUUCUUUUUCAGCUCAGAGGAAUCACCGAAGGAUGAUUUGUCUACAGAUUUGGAAUCUUUUCACUUAACACCCAGAGGUAUGGAUGCAAGAGAGAAUGCAACCAGCCAGAUGGGGAACAUCACUAUGAUUGACAGAGUGAAAACCACAUCAACAAAAGUAGUAUCUACAGCUGCAUCAAGGACCGCUCAGGAGAAUAUAGCUAAAGGCACGCCUCAGCUUAUGACCGUUACUACAACGAAUGUGGCCUUAACUACAGGGGCUCCGGGAAUCAUGACCUCCAUCACAGCACAGCUGACCAGUGACAGACAAAUGACCAUGAGCACGACUGAGGUUACACCCUCAGAAAAGACUAGGAUGACCCCAAGAACAUCAACAACCACUCUGACCCCUGCAAUCAUCACCGCUACUCAAGUGUUCAAGAUCUCUGCUAUUGGGGUAACCACAUCUAGUACCUCUGAAACUGAUGUUCCACCACUGCAAUGUAACAUUACAGAAACCAUCUGGGUUAAAACAGUUCUGUCUGUGCACCUAAGGAGAAACCGGAUUGAUAAUGCACUGAAACAGAACCUCCCAAAAGGACUUACCCAAGCACUGAGGAAGGCGUUCAAUAGCAGCAGUAUUCAUGCCCAGGUGGAGAACCUCACCGGCUCUUCCAAUGUGACGGUAGGAUACUCUGUGGCGAGUGGCAGGACGGUGUACAUGGCCUCAGUGGUAGUGGAAGCCCUCAGUGCAUAUGGCGUGCACAAGCUGAUAGCUGACAUCAGGCAGUAUGUGCCUCUGGUACAGUCCCUGCCCAUCCCUGUUGUGCCCUGGAGGCCCAGUCCUGCCAUCUCACUACAGCUCAAGACAGUCCUCAGGUUUGUGGGUCCAGGAGACAACAUAAAAUCUUGCAGCUUUGCUCAGACAAUGGAACGACGACUAGAGAGCGCCUUUGCAGAAGCCGAAUCCAAAGUGUUACACUCUCACAGCAAACUGAGCGUACAGAUCCUUGCCUCCUCUCAGUCGACGGGCUCCCCGGCCGUGUCCGUGAUCUACGCGGUGUGGAAUGGGAGCUAUGCCCUCAAUGGCACAGUUGCCAGCAGUCUCCUCAACCAGCUGACUGCAGAGCUAGUGGGCUACUUCCUCCUGUUCCCCCCACUCAUUAUUGCCGAACCUCUGGAGUACCACAAUCUCAACACAUCCAUUGCAACCAGGGACUACUGGGUUAUUACAGUAAUACAGGACGUUGACAACUCCUCUUUGGAAGGAAACUACCAGAGCUUUGCCAGCCUAAUGGAGCAGCGCUUGGCAGAGGUCUUUGUCAUAGCUAGCCAGCAGGGGACGCGCUUUCGCAGGGCUACCACAGUGGGGAGCUACACCGUCCAGAUGGUCAGCAUCAGACGCGUCCCUGGUCUGAAGAACCCGGCUGAAAUGACCUACUAUGUACAGCUGAAUGGCACCCCCUUACCAGGCACCUCAGCAGCCAAAGUGCUCAGCACAGUGGACUCCCAGACCAUGGCGCUCACACUGGGCUACUUUGUCCAGCUGCAAGCUGAGCCUGUGGUGAAAAACCCUCCCAAUAACCUAUGGAUCAUUGCUGCCAUCCUGGCACCCAUCGCUGUGGUGACCAUCAUCAUCAUCAUCAUUACGGCAGUGCUGUGCAGGAAGAACAAGGGUGACUUCAAAGCUGAUGCAAUGGGCAAUCUCAACCCCAGAGUCAAGAUGACGUAUCGGAGGGAGGCCAGUUAUUACCACCAGCCAGUGCAAGGAUUCGACUAUGCAAAGCAACACCUUGGUCAGCAUGGCGGUGAUGAAGAGGCCCUCCCCGUUACCCAGGAGACGAUGGUGCUGCCUCUCCCCAUCCGAGACGCCCCGCUGUCUCAGGAGAGGGGGAUGCACCAAGAUGGGAGCACCUCCAAAAAAACCUUGUCCAGUGAAAUACGCAAAAGCAGGUUGCCUAGCGAGGACGGCUCCGUCAUCAGCAACGAAUCAGGAAAGCUCAACUCCGGCAGGGGCUCGUCCGCUCUGAAGAAAGUAACAGCGCAGCAGAAAAUGACAAAGGAGGAGACGCGCAAGAGGAGCGGUGAGCGAGGACGCUUAGAUCCCUACGAUACCUCCUCUGGCUCCUUGCAGCUUAUCUCCAUCAAGCCCGUGACAGCUCCGCCCAGUUACUCGCACCCAGCCUCAUCAGACCGCAGCCAAGACUCAGCCAUCGUCAAUGGAGAGCAGGUGAGUGUGGCCCUCAAACAGAAGUCGGACAUUGAGCACUACAGGAACAAGUUACGGCUGAAAGCCAAGCGAAAAGGUUACUACGACUUCCCUGCGGUGGAUUCCGGCCCCCAGUCCUCCGCCCAGCGACAGAGGCACAGCCAUGGGAAGGACGAGCUGGAGCUCAGCAAGACGCCCAACACCGAAGAGGAAAAGGCCUCCACCUACAUCAAGUCCAGGAGAAGACACUCUCAGAUGAGGAACCCAGUCUACCGUAGCCGGCAGUCGCUGAACAGUCCCAGCCCGGGCGGAACCGAGAUGGAUCUGCUGGUCAUGAGAGAAAAACCCAGAAGAGGGAUCCGCAACAGCGGCUAUGAUACGGAGCCAGAACUGAUCGAGGAAACCGAUGUGGAUCGCCUGGUGGGUCCGAGGAUCUGUGGAGGUGGGAGGCAGGUCAAAGGUCAUUCGGACACAUCUACUCUGAGCUCGCAGCCCUCCAUCGAUGAGGUGAGGCAGCAGAUGCACCUGCUCCUGGAGGAGGCCUUCAGCCUGGCCUCAGCCGGCCACUCCACGGGCGGCCGUCACCACCACCAUCACCCUCGCGGGCCGUAUGGUGGGAGCCAAUCCGUGCCGUACUCCGAGGUGGUGACCAGCGCCCCGGGGACGAUGAACAGGUCUCGAGGGGGGCUGCAGUGGGUCCCAGCAUACAAACCAGACGCGUACCAGUGCAGCCUCCCGAAACCAGCCUUCCGGUUCACCCAGCUUCCAGACAUGGCCAUGGGCUCCCCUCCACCCCCAAUACCCCCCAGAACAGGGCCUGCAUCAGGAGCCUCGCUCAGGCGUUCGUCAUCGGACAUCGGCCCGAAGGCCCGGGCCUCGGAGUCCUCUGGCCCUGAAACACAGAAUCAGCGUGACAGCGCCCCCUACCUGCCAAUGAUGAGAACACCGUUGCCUGCUGUCGCCACCGAUUUGCCCAUGACAAAUUACUCAGGAAACCCGAUGUCAGCAGUCUAUGCCAUACCAGCCAAUCGCCCCGGCUAUAUGGGCUAUCUUGUUUCCACACCCCCAACCUCCUACCGGAGCCCCUCCUGGAUGUCCUACCCCCCGGAGCCCGAGGACGUUCCAUCCCAGUGGGCCGACUCUGUGCCGCUGCCAGGCUACGCGGAGGCCUUUCCGCACCCCCACUACCCGCAGGGCAGCCCCCCCAGACUGCCCAGGCAGUACAGUCAGGCCUCGUCCUCGCACAGUGCCCCGGACAACCCCCCGACACCGUCCACUGCCGCGUCCCAACAGAGCCUCACGGGCACUGUGGACACCCCCGACACGUCCCUCAGCAGCCUCUCUACAGCCGCCCUGGUCAAGGCCAUCCGUGAGGAGGUGGCCAAGUUGGCUAAGAAGCAGACAGAUAUGUUUGAGUUCCAGGUCUAAAAGCUCCCGAGAGACCCUGGGGGGCAAACUAAUUCCUUUUUUAUGUACUGUGGCACAGGAAGCCGGACCGCAACUUUGGACUCGUGCCCAAGCUGGCCAGACAAGUGACUGAGACUGUUCCAUUUUGCGAAAGAAUACUCUUUGCUCGAUUUUGUCUCAUUGUGAUUUUCCUAAUUUUACAACUAAAGAAAAACUGUUUCGCUCUGCCAUUUCAAUUUCCGGUUUCUUUUUUUAAACUUUGUUGCGCUGUUGCAUCGUGCAUUUUCCACCGAGACACUUCAUUGGCAACCAGUUACUGUUAAUCCUUUAACGUAGCACUUUUAAUGAAGACAAGAGGCCCUGAACGCACAGAAGCCCUGCACUGAGCGGUCUGCGGACCGUAGUGUAGCUCACGUUCAACCUUAUGCAGCUACAUGGCCUUUCGGUGAAAAUCGGGGUUGGCAUCCAACACAGGAACUUUGCAGCGCUGGAAACACGUCGAGCUGCUCAUUAUGCAUCAGAGGUUGACAUUUGUGUGAAUUAAAAACACCAAAUAUUCCACUGACACACAUCCUGCUGAUAAAUGUACUGUACUGUGUGUAUCGGUUUACUGUGCAAAUGUGCACUUCAGUGAAGGACCUUGUCUCUUUAGGGUUACAAAUUGAACUGAUUAGCUUAUCAUUAUUUCAAGACUUUCUGGGAAUUAGUACUGAGCAACACCACCCAGCAGCCCCAUCAACAAAAAUGGCAAAAACAAAGGUGUGAUUUGCAUGGCUAUUGUUGGCUAUGAAGAGUUUGUUGAAUGUAGUCAGAAACAAUGAUUGUUUUAUAUGACUAAUUUCAGUCCAGACCUACCUUUCUCUUAUUCUCUGUGUAACUUUUGGUUUUUCGACUGUUCAUUGAAUCGCUUUUGUUUGUGGUCUAACCAAUAGGAAUGCUGUGCAAGAGGUGACCUAUGAUGAAAUAAUUUUUUAGGCUGACCAGCAAUGGGGUGGUUUUCCAGUUUUGAUGAAGCAUCAAUCAAAAAGACCUUAUUUGUACCUUUGUUUACCAUUCCUGCUGUAGAUCAUGAAAAGCUACUUUUCCAGGCAGAGAUCAGGUCUAGUCCUUGACAAAAGGGGGCUUCAAUGGAGGAUGUAUAUUGGCAGUGGAAUUUAGAGCAGGGACAGGCUUAAUCUGUGUCAAGAUAAUCUAUGUUGUAAUGUCCUAAUCAGUAGUAACAUUUUCUGACUUUUAUGCAGACA